AGAAGAUUGAUUGGAUGUAAUUGGGUGAAAACACAAGUUGGGCCUGUUGUAGCUCCACACCAGGACGGCCUAGCUGGAAGCAAGCAGUGCAUAUGAAUGUUUGUUGACAUCAGUGAAGUCAUGGGCCGUAUUUGAGCAUUAAAAAGUUAAGGACAAAGGUCUCUUUCCUCCCUCCCUCCCCCUCCUCCCCUUCCACCCGUCACAGCGCCGGUUGCCAUGGAGAACUCCUCAGUGGCGUCUGCAUCCUCUGAGGCUGGGAGCACACGCUCGCAGGAGAUAGAGGAGCUGGAGCGCUUCAUUGACAGCUACGUGCUGGAGUACCAGGUGCAGGGGCUUCUGGGAGACAAGGCGGACGGAGAGUUGGAGUUGGACAACAGUGGCAAGGUGCCACAGUGGACCGAUGACUGUAACAACAAGAAAGAUGGCAGCUGGACGUCGUCACGGGGUAGAGGCUCAUUCAAGCCAGACGAAUGGGAUCACAGCAGUAAUGGCAGUACAGGCUCUAGACCUAGUUCAGGGUCCAGACCUGGAUCUGGCUCUCGCUCUGGCAGCAGAGGAAGAAAUAACCAGUACAAAGGGCCUGCCAAGAACGGGAACAGAGAGGGUUCCUUUGACAUCCUCGGGACGGAUAUAUGGGCUGCAAACACGAUGGAUUCACACGGAGGUGCAGGCUGGGACGUGCAGCCAGAAAAGCUGGACUUCAGCCAUUUCCACAGGAAACACUUCAGAGGAACGCCAAAGCACCUGCCUCACAUUGACAGAGAGGGGAUGAACAAAAACAAGUUUGAGGAUGAUGACGGAAUAGACAUGAACGACAUAGAGAGGUUUCUUCCCAAUCUGCGCUCUGUCUUCCCACCUCUUCCUAACGAGGCUGAGAUCGCACACACCAAAAAGCUCUUCCGACGCAGGAGAAAUGACCGACGAGCCAUUGAUCAGUACACCCGAGACCAGUUAACCAUACUUCUGCCCAAUGGCCCCGGGGGAAAGCGGCAAGUCUCAGCCAGGAGACAGCAGCGGCCUCAGGGAGGAGGAGGAGGAGGAGGAGGAGGAGGAGGGGGAAAGAACCAACCUCAGCUUAUUCAACAACAGUCACCGCAGCACCAGAGGGACCAAACCCAACAACAGUCCCCAAACCAACAGCAGCAGAAUCCAUCGGAAUCAGGAGAUAACAGAAACAACGGCGCUGGUCGGCCACCUCGCCAGUACCAAGGUGGACAUGGGCAGCGCCAGGGAGGAGCCUCACACCACGGAUAUAGCCAGAACCGACGUUGGCACCACAAAGGUCAGGGGCACGGACAGACAAACAGUCCCAGCGAUAGAGGACUGUCCCCUAAAACAACCAAAGAGACUGAGAAUGUAAAACCAGGUGACGACAACAGAUCACCUCAAGACUGCAGAAACAAGAGCCCCAAUGAGUCACCCAAAUCUGAGUCGACGCCCAGUAAAAAGACUCUCUCAGAUCCCACAGUUAGCAAGGAAUCUCCUAGCCCACCAGGAAGUGGGAAGGCAGGCGAGGGCCAGUCGGAGCGUCCCAAAAUCAGCCUGCUGCAGUCAUCAAAGGAGAGGCUGAGGAGGAGACUAAAGGACAAGGAGGAUUCUAGCGGAGAGUCAGGCACUGGCUUGCAGAGCAUGGACCGGCUGGUGGAGCUUCUCAACAGCAUGAGGAGCAACAGCAGCGGGGUGGAGCAGCAGCUUGCCUCCUUCAUGGAGGAGGCGCAGAGCUCGGCGCGAUCAGAGGAAACCCUGGCUCAAGUGGUCAGCACGAUCUACUCCAAAGCCGUGUCGGAUCGAAGCUUCGCAGCAACGGCCGCCAAGCUCUGCGACAAGAUGGCACUGUUCAUGGUAGAGGGGACCAAGUUCAGAUCACUGCUCCUCAACAUGCUGCAGAAAGAUUUCUCCCAUCGAGAGGAGCUCCAACAGUCUGACGUAGAGAGAUGGCUGGGCUUUAUCACCUUCCUGUGCGAGGUCUUUGGGACCAUGAGGAGUAGCUCUGGGGAGCCAUUCAGAGUGCUGGUGUGUCCAAUCUACACCUGCCUACGAGAGCUGUUAGAGUCACCAGAUGUCAAAGAAGAUGCAGUCCUCUGCUGCUCCAUGGAGCUGCAGAGCAUGGGCCGCCUCCUGGAGGAGCAGCUCCCAGAGAUGAUGACUGAGCUCCUGGCCACCGUAAGGGACAAGAUGCUCUGCCCGGCCGAGUCCCAGCUGACCCGCUCGCUGCUCAUGGAAGUCAUCGAGCUGCACGCACACCGCUGGAGCCCGCUGGAGGCUCUGACCACCCAGUACUACAACCGAACCAUCCAAAAGCUCACCACCACCUCAACGACUGCCUAGGUG